AUGAAGACAUCAACGUUGGUAGCUGUGUCAACAGGCACGGUAUUGACCGGCUUUCUGGCAUAUGCGGUUUGGUUCGAUUACAAAAGGCAAUCUGACCCCGAAUUCCGAAAGUCCCUGAAAAGAAAUAACCGACGGAUGGCCCGCGUCGAAAAGGAGGAAGCAGAGGCACAGGGCGCUGCUCAACGGGAAGAGAUCAAGAAGGCCGUCUCUCGAGCCAAGGAUGAAGGUUUCCCUACCGACCUAGAGGAGAAGGAAACGUACUUUAUGAGCCAGGUAGCCAAAGGAGAGGGCCUCUGUGCUGACGGCUCGGAUAAUGUCGAAGCUGCCCUCGCUUUUUACAAGGCUCUUAAAGUCUACCCCCAGCCGAAGGAUUUGAUCUCGAUAUACGACAAGACCGUGCCCAAGGAAGUGCUAGAGAUACUUGCUGAGAUGGUUGCCAUGGACAGUGGACUGAAGUUGGGUUCUUUCACCGGCGAAACUGGUAGCUCUGAUGGCCACGGCGUCGAGUAA